AACGAUAUAAGAACAAGGACGUUCGAUUUGCGUGUGACCGACGUUCCUUGUUUUGGAUUCGACGAGUUCCCUAAACAAAAAGCCACCGCUUCAUUAGAGUGCCAUGGCACGUACAAAACAGACCGCCCGUAAAUCCACCGGUGGCAAAGCCCCCAGGAAACAGCUGGCCACAAAGGCGGCCAGGAAGAGUGCGCCCUCCACUGGUGGAGUCAAGAAGCCCCACAGAUACCGUCCUGGAACUGUAGCUCUUCGUGAGAUCCGUCGGUACCAGAAGUCCACCGAGUUGCUGAUCCGCAAGCUUCCGUUCCAGCGUCUGGUUCGUGAGAUCGCUCAGGACUUCAAAACUGACUUGCGUUUUCAGAGCGCUGCCAUUGGAGCCUUGCAGGAGGCAAGUGAAGCAUACUUGGUCGGUCUGUUUGAGGACACCAACUUGUGUGCCAUCCAUGCCAAACGUGUCACCAUCAUGCCCAAAGACAUCCAGCUGGCACGUCGAAUCCGUGGAGAGCGUGCUUAAACUCUUUAUUAAUUACUCUACUUUUUUGUGUGGGGGAAUAUAUGGGGAAGAGGUUUGAUGCGUGGGUGGGUCGGGAGGGAGGGAGGGGCAUCAA